CGUGGAGAAAAAGAAAGGAAAAUGCAGUGUUAAAAGCGUUCACAGAGAGGGAGAGAGAGAGAGAGAGAGAGUGAGCUUCUGCGAUAUAGUUGUAGAGAGAGAAAGUAGGCAAAGCUUAGAGGAAGAAGAAGAUGUUCAGGAACCAGUACGACACGGAUGUUACGACGUGGAGUCCGCAGGGGCGGCUGUUCCAGGUGGAGUACGCGAUGGAGGCGGUGAAGCAAGGCUCGGCGGCGAUCGGUCUCCGAUCCAAGACUCACGUCGUUCUAGCAGCCGUCAACAAGGCUCAGUCCGAGCUGUCCUCCCAUCAGCGGAAGAUCUUCAAGGUCGACGACCACAUCGGCGUCGCCAUCGCCGGCCUCACCGCCGACGGUCGCGUCCUCUCCCGCUACAUGCGAUCCGAGUGCAUCAAUCACUCCUACACCUAUGAGUCUCCCCUCCCCGUCGGCCGCCUCGUCGUCCGGCUAGCCGACAAGGCCCAGGUUUGUACCCAGAGAUCAUGGAAACGACCUUAUGGGAUUGGUUUACUUGUUGGAGGGUUGGAUGAAUCUGGAGCUCACCUCUACUACAAUUGCCCAAGUGGAAACUACUUUGAAUAUCAAGCUUUUGCCAUUGGGUCCCGCUCACAGGCUGCAAAGACAUACUUAGAACGCAGAUUUGAGAGCUUUGUGAGCUCAUCACGGGAAGAUCUGCUUAAGGAUGCACUUUUUGCAUUAAGAGAGACUUUACAGGGAGAAAAGCUUAAGAGCUCCGUAUGCACAGUUGCAGUGGUAGGACUAGGGGAGGCAUUCCACAUAUUGGACAAUAAAACCGUACAAGCUUUGAUUGAUGCAUUUGAAAUAGUCCAAGAAGAAGCUCCUGCUACUGAAGAAGGUGUGGCCGAAGAAUCUACCAGUGGCCAAGGUCCUGCUGACCAGGGUGCGGCUCCAAUGGAUAUUUGAAGGUUCAAAAACUCUCAGCAGCCUCCCCAUCCUUGUCCUCAGAUAAGGUUCUUAAUAUGGUUGCCGAAUGAGAAUUGAGAGGUAAAUGGGUUGCGGAUGGUGUGAUGGACAACAUAAUUUCUGUUGGAUAUGUUAUUUGUUUAUGCAAGAUAUUAUCUUUCCCAUCAUCGCUACAGACAAUCUAAUCCUUGCCUGUUCAACUCUGUUGACAUUUUAUAGUUGGAUAGAAUUUUGUUUAAUCUGCUUGUUUGGACCAGCCCGGUUAUGAUAAUACUGUUUCUUGAUGUUGGUUUA